CGUCGGUCUGUCCCUCCGUUGUAGAAACGGCACAUAGCGACCAAUGUGUUGUUGAAGCCACGGUUGCUCAGCAGUUGGCUGAAAGCGUAAACUAUAAGUCUUUGCACAGAUUCAACCACAGGAACGAGCCGGGCUUUUGAGGGUUAGCUGGUUGGCUUUUCCUAAGCCUGCCGGUUUUUGUCGCAUACACAUUGCAAGCACUUUAUUCAAGCCACGUGCAACAAGUUGCACAACCAUGAUGGAGACGGACAACAUUAAACAGCUCGUGCACGAGUUUAAAGGACUUUACGAGCAGAGGUUAGCCACUCUGAAGCUGGACACCGGCGGAACACGAGAGGACCUGCUACAGAAGAAAGUGAAUUUCCUGCGGUCUUAUGUGAAUGACCUUGCAGACCAGAACCAGGUGCUGCUUCAGACUAUUGAAGAACUGCAGAAGGAAGCUGACGGCAAAGGUUCCAAUUGGGGAACAAAGCUCUGCACCUCUGAUCAGAUUUUGAACGUGUCUGAGGUUGAUCUGAGGACUUUGUUGCUGGACGAGCUUGUUGGCCCUCCGUCUCACGUCCCACACAGUAUUGGUUCCCUGGUCCAGACCACAUCGGAGUUGGAAGACCUGAAAAUCCAGUUGCAAACCAAGGAUGUGGUUAUCUUUGAUAUGGAGAGGAAUCUCAGAGAGCAUUUCCAGCACAAGGAAAAGACUGCCACACAGGUGCUGGAAGGUAGUGAGAGGCUGGUGCGCUUGCAGAGCGAGCUCUCAUGUCUUCAGCGGAUCCAGAAAGACAACAUGAAGGAGAUUGCUGAGAAAGACGUCUGCAUCACCAAACUGCGAGCCAACAUCGAGCUGCUGCAACAAGAGGGGGCCGACACACACGCUCAGUUGACGGUCAGCAGGAAGCAGAUGGAGCUCCUGAACAGGGAGCUGUCAGAGUCUCACCAGAAGGAGGAGAUGCUUCUCUCUGAGAUGAAAGAGAGAGAUGAGCAUGUGAGGCACCUGGACCAGGAUGUGGUUGCUUUGCGAGCCACACAGGACUCUCUGAAGGGAACCUUGGCUCUGAAGGAGAGACACAAGCAACAGCUGGUCCAAGACAACGCACAGCUCAAAGAAAGUCGGGCUUCACUGCAGAGCAAAUUACACACCAGUGAGUGUCUGUUGAGUGACAUCAGUAAAACCCUGGACCAGACCAAAGCCAGACUGGACACGGAAAGACAGCAGAGUCAGCAGAUCCAAGACCAGUUGCGCCAUGCCAACAAAGAGAUGGAGCAUCUGCAGCAGCAGCUAAUACAUGUGCGUCACGCCAGUGAAAAGAAGAUCCAGAAGAGGGAGAUGAAGAUGUGCGCGCUGGUGAAGGAGCUCACGGAGAAUAAGAUGCAGCGCUCUGAAUGUCAGAAGGAGUUGCUCCAAAGAGAGAAGGCUUUGGAGAAAGUGAGCGAGGAGAGGGAUGAGCUGAGAGCCAAGAUGGAGGACCGAAGCCGAGAGUUUGUCCACGUCAACCAGACCAAAGAGAGACUGGAGGCUGACAUGGCCCUGAGCCAAGAGGAAGUCCACACCUUGCACCUGGAGGUUGGAAGCAGAGACCAGUUAAUUCUGGAGUUGAGAGCUGAAAUGAAGACGGCUAAACAAAAGCAUCAAAGGAAACAGGAACAGGUGGCAGCCCUGAAGGGCGAGGUGAGACACUUGAAACUCAAGGUCCGAGGACACCAGGAUGAGACGUGUCAGCUCAGCGAAAAGCUCAGCGAUAUCGAGCGCCUUAUAGAGAAAGAGCAGCAGCAGCUACAUGACCAGCUCUGUACUGGUCAGCAACAGGGCGAGGCAUUGGAAGGGAAGCUAAAGAAGCAGCGGGUUGAGAUGGAACUUCUUCAUCAGCAGCUGAAAGGAGCCAAGGAGGUGAUAAGAGAUGCCGGUUUACAAGCCCAGGAGCAGAAAGAAACAGUAGCCAUUUUUAGACAAAAGUACGCAGCAGCCAUAGAGAAGGUGCAUGGGGUGCAAGGACGAGUGGAGCUUUUGGAAGAGGAACUACAGUAUUCACAGCAACAGCUACGAGAUUCCCAAUUGGCAUUCCAUUCGGUGAAGGAAGAGCGCGCUGAGAUGGAGCAGCGGUGGCUGGGAAAGGUUGGGCAAUGGGAGAACGCCCAGGAGGCUUUGGACCAGUUGACGGAUGAGCUCCAGGCCAACCAGAAUCUACUGAGGGAGAGUCAACAGAAAGCAGAGCAUCUUCAAGGCCUGGUGGGAUCCCUGCAGGAGCAGGCAGACACAAUGAAACAGCAGAAAGUGAUGUUGGAGUGUGACCUCCAGCUAUACCAACAGACUCAUUGUCACUCUGAUGAGGAGUACCUCAGCCUGCUGGGACACAAAGAGCCGCUGCAGAAGCGCUGCACUGAGCAGGUUGAGCGCCUCGCGGAGUGUGAAAAGGCUAUUCUUCAGAUGAAGUCAGAGCUGGAGAGACAAGCCCAGCAAAAAGCAGAGCUGAAGCAAAGUCUUGUUGCAAACAUGUGCAAUCGCAGCCAGCUGGAACAGGAAGUGAUACAUCUGAAAAAGGAAGUCACACGCUUAAAGCAUGAGCUGGCGGACACCCAAAAGGUACAUGUGGCACUUCUCAGACAGGCAGAGGAGGAGCUGAAGGAGGCCAGACGAGAGGCAGCGAGACGGAGCUGCGAGGUGGAUGCACAGAGAGCAGAGGUCCAGAGACUUCAGGAAGAGUUACUGAAGGGGGAGGAGACAAUGAGGAGUGCCAUCAGAGAGAAACAGAGUCUGAGCAGUCGUGCCAGGCAGUUGAGUCGAGAGCUGGAGGAGCGGCGCUGCAAUCUGCAAGUGACAGUGGAGGAGUUGGCAGCCCGUGCAGAGGAGGCGAGGCGGAUGGAGGGGUGCCUGAAUGAGGGAAAGCUAGCAGAGGAGAAAAUAAGGUCAAUGGCUGUGAGGCUGCACACAGAAGUGGCAGAGCUCAGGAGGAAUCUUCAGCUGGCCGUCGAUCACAAACUCAGAGCAGAGAGAGAGAAACAGGAAGCCCAGGAACAGGUGGACACCCUCCUGUCGGAGCUGGCGGGGACGCGGUCUGACAAGGCAAACCUACGCCUUGAGAGCCAGUUGGUCGUGACGAAUGUCAACCGUUGGAUUACUGAACAAAAGGCUUCCAACGAGAGCCUCGGUGCCCAGAUGAAGGCCCAGAACAAGCUGCUGCUCAUCGUCACUGGAGAGAAAGAACAUCUUCAAGACUCUAAUGGCACAUUGAAGGCGGAGGUAAAGAGACUGAAAGAAGUGGGGGAUGAGAAGUCGAGAGACAUGGAACGCUUCAAGGCCUGGAUCCGAGACCUGGCGAUCCCUCAAGAAGAGAGAACCAUGGAACAGCAGAGUCGUGUGGCUCUGAACCUCAGCAGAAUCGAGGACAUGCAGACUAGACUUCGAAGCAAUCUGGAGGCCAUCAGAAUGCUAAAUCAACAAUUAAACGCUCUCAGCGGAGAGAAUAAGCGGUUGCGUGGGCAGCUGGAGGAGGAGAGGUCCAUGCGUAGACAAGUGGAGCGACUGCUCCCUCCUCCUCCCACCUUCCAGCAGAGCUCCAUCGUCCACCUCCCCUUCUCCCCCAGUGCCCGCCCAUCUCCUCUCUCCACCUCCUUGUUCUCAUCUGCCCGCCUCCCUCAUCCCCUGAGCCUGGACCAAGCGACUGGGGACACUGAUCUGAUUCUAACCCAAACCAAGCUGAGCGGUGCUGGGCUAGAGAGACCAGGUGAGUCCGAGGUGUUCUGGUUUAAACCCAAUGCCUCACUGGAAAAUGCUUGGUCUGGGAGGACAAGCAGGGAUCUGAACAAAUGAAGCCCCCUGAAGACUUUGACCUUUGAUGACCUUUUGAACUCCACCUCCUCACCAGGGAGUGUAGUCAGGAUGAGGUUAAUGUCCUGCUGGUCAAAGUCAACUCCCAGGGUGCUUUUUGCCUGAGGCGGACUCCUGAACCAGCGAACCACGGAAUUCCCUCAAAUCAUCAAAAGAUAUCUCUACUGCUGUGCCAGGAAUAGAUUUAUUCAAAACGCUGCAACGCUCUGAAUAGCGGCAGCUUUUAUAACAUUAGCAAUUAUUUAGCCAAGCAAUGAUCUUGUUUUUGUAGCAAAACCGGAGCAUUGAGCACUAAUAUAUAUAUAUAUAUAUAUUAGGGCUGUCAGCGUUAACGCGUUAAUCUUUGCGAUUAAUUUGGCCGCGAUUAACGCACUAAAAUAUUUUAACGCAAUUAACGCAACUUUGUUUACUUCCGGUGUGCGUUGAAGUUUUUGCACUCCUCUGAGUGUCAAGCCGCAGCAGUCCGCCUCCUUCCUCCCGUCUGCUCCUCGAUAUUCACAGAGAAACAGGGCGACGUGUCGGUGACGCGGAGCUGGCACUUUAUAGGUAGGAGCCUCUUUGAAAACACAGCUCUGUGUGAAGUUUUGUCUUUAAAAAAGAAUACAAUUCAACAAGUGUCUAAAAUACACGCUGUCUGAAGUGAUUACUCGUUCAUUACGCGAUUCAUGAAUUUCAAAAUGUGCGAUUAAUUAGUUAAUUUUUUUUAAUCGAUUGACAGCCCUAAUAUAUAUAUAUAUAUAUAUAUAUAAAUGUGUUGCACUAUUCGAAGCAUCUGACAGCUCUGAUGAACUAUAAUCACUUUAAUUCAACUUAAAUAAUUAAAUGAACUAAACGGAACAGGUGACUAACUGCACAGUUGCUGACGAAUGCGUCUCACACCAGCGAAGAGUCGUGCUUUGGAUAAAUGAGGGCCGGCGCUCCAUCAGCAUCCACAGGCAUCCCUCAGAUGUUGACGUGGAUGGCCGUUACACCGUCCUUGAUUACGUGUCACGCAUCUACUGCCACCGUGCUUCUGAUUGUGCGCGCUUACAUUAUGUGUCUGCGUGCUUCUGUCCCCGCAAGUUCCAGUGGACGAAUGUGUGCCUGUGUGUCAUUUUGUAUAUUAGAUGUGUAUUACAGUCAAUGUUUGCUUUAUGUUUUGUUUUAUACUUUAAAAAACUCCCCCCUCCCCCCCCCCCCCGUGUUGUAAAGACGGGGGGAAAUAAAAACAGAUACAUUUGU